UUUUCUCAUUCCCAUGCCAUGGUGAUUACGCUUGCUCGUCCACUCACAACCUCCAACAUCCCAGCAUACACUGCGUUACGGUCUUCCGGUGAGAGAGAACAUCAAUCAUUCCAGAGAGGACACAAGAAAGAGUCCAAGUGUUGAAAUAGUGUGACCGCCAGCUAGCCAGCAUGUCUGACGUUAUUGAGGAGAAGAUAAAGAACUACAGGACGGCUCCCUUCGACGCCCGCUUCCCCAACACCAACCAGACCCGCAACUGUUUUCAGAACUAUCUAGACUUCCACAGGUGCAACAAAGCUUUGUCAGACAAAGGCCAGGAUGUGGCUCCCUGUGACUGGUACCAGAGGGUCUACAAGAGUAUCUGUCCCAUGAGCUGGGUCGCCAAGUGGGACGACCAGAUAGAGGCCGGAAGCUUUCCCGGCAAGAUCUAAUAUGGCUGACCUCAGGACUUUCUGUUAGCCACACCUUCAACUUUGACCCCUGUAGUGUGACUAAGGACAUGUGUUGACCACGUACCACACCAUUCUUAAUGUUAUUAACAGUGUUACUUAUGUUACAAGCACUUAAUAAAAAUGCGCACCCGUUUUGAA